GAUUGGAGACCUGCAGUGUACUUGGCUGUCCUAGACUGUGGAAAUGAGGACAACUCUUUAGUCUGUAAGGAGUUUGAAAUACAAGGAUUUCCCACCUUGAAGUUCUUCCAUGCAUAUACAAAACAGAAGUCAGAUGCCAUCCGAUUUCUAUCUCGGGAUUCGGAAUCCAUAAAAAAAAUUCAUCAUUGACAGAUUGGAAGCAAGGAAGGAGUCUCCACCCCCUGCAUGUCCACCACUAGAACCAAUCAGUGCCGCUGAGAUUGAUCAAUUUUUCCAGAACAAUGAUGAGACCUAUCUAGUUUUGAUAUUUGAACUUCCUGAAAUGUAUAUGGCAAGAGAGGUUGCUAUGGAUAUGGUGCAGUAUGAUGGUGUGUCAGUCCGGAGGAUACUCAAUAAACAGGAGGAUCUGGUCACAAAAUUCAGUGUGUCAUCGUUCCCAACUGGAUUUUUGCUUAGUAGAAAUGGAUCAAUCAGUAGAAUCAAAUUGGCAAAGGAGGGUCGAAAUGAGUACACCAGAUUCAUUCGUUCUCUGCCAGGGGUGAGGAAACUGAACCUUAAUCUUAUUGGAUGGAAAGGGGUUGAGGAGAAGAAUGUGACAUUGAGACCUGCAAAUAGUUCCAAGAUCUACAUGGCUGACCUGGAGUCUUGUCUCCAUUAUGCUUUGAGAGUUGAGAUUGCUCGUUAUACCACAUUGGAGGGGGAGCGUCUGAAAGCUCUUCGUGGCUUUGUCAAUGUACUAGCAAAGUAUUUUCCUUCCCGCCCCAUGCUGCGCACUCUUCUGCAUACAGUCAAUGAUUGGUUGGAGAAAGAGGAGGGAGAGUCACUAAUGUAUGAAGACUUUGCGAAUGUUUUAAAUAACACGUAUACGGUUAAGGAUGCAGUUCUGACACCCAUGGUGAACUAUGUCUGGUGUCAGGGUUCAAAGCCUAAAUAUCGAGGUUUCCCAUGUACAGUCUGGACGGUCUUCCACUUGCUGACAGUCCAAGCAUUUGAAAUGAGAAACUGCUGAUUCUGAUCCGCAGGAGUCACUGAAGGCAAUGCGGGCAUAUGUCCGCUACUUUUUCGGCUGCAGGGAGUGUGCUACAGAGUUUGAGAAAAUGGCCAGUGAGUCAAUGAAUUUCAUUCGGGAUCAUGAUGAUGCCAUCAGAUGGUUGUGGGCAAGUCACAAUCGUGUGAAUAAAAGAUUGGCAGGAAAUAAACAAGAAGACCCAGAGUUCCCAAAGACCCAAUGGCCAUCCAAAGACCUUUGUCCAAAGUGCCGGAAGAAACUCCUGACUAAAGAAAUUUGGGAUGGUCCAAAUGUUCUUAGUUUCAUGAAACAGCGAUUUUCUAAGAGUAACAUAUCCUUUGAGUAUUUGGAAGAUGAGAAGGAGUUAUUGAAAAAGCUGAGAGAACCAACAAGCACAACAAGAGAGAAGAGGGAAACAAAAGAUUUGAAAGAACAAGACAUACCAAGCAGAAAUGAUAAUAUCGUACCUCCAGCUAAAGCUGAAGACGAAGGAAAUGCCGACUCACUUCAGACAACCAAAGCAAAGCAGAUCCUACGUCACAGGCCUACCAUUAUAAAAAUGAAGACCAACACAGCUCUGCAAAGAGAUGGAGAGGAGAAGAUUUUGGACUUAGAUGCCUAUGAAAAUCAUUAUUUCCAAGUUAGAACUUUGCAGGACUCCGACUCAAAGCUCCAUAAGCGUGCUAUUCACCCAAAGACAUUGCUGGAUCCCAGUGAUGCUGAGUUUAAUGAGGAAGCAGUACGGGAAAGAUUGCUCAAGAGGGGGAUUGACACAAAAUAUCUUCUCGGGGUUAUGGUAAAGGAAGGGGACAGUAACUGGAAAGGACAAUGGGUGAAGAUGCUGGAAGUUGGGUUUUCCCGUUUAGACAUCAGUUUGUGUAUUAUUCUUUAUUUCCUCACCAGCAUGGGCCUCCUAGCCAUGUAUUUGUACCUUAACAUCAGAUCACGCUUUUUCCGUCAACGGUGCAGAUAUCCUCAACCGUAA